UGCGGCUUAAGGACAAACUUAACAGAAUCCCAAAAUGGCCGUCAAGAUGGCGCCUCCCCCCCUUACCACCCCUUGCCAUCGUUUACACUACGCACACAUGUGUAAACUUCACCGUAAUAUCGUGCAGUAAAAUUAACGCUUAAUUUUAGCUACUUACCUACUGCAAAACUUCACAAUAUUAAAAUACGGUGUUCCCUCAUGUCCAAUCUUCAAUAAAAGUAGUAAUUCUCGUCAAUUUAUUCACUAUUUCUUCAAAAUUGUGCGAUUCAAUACGAUGUUGAAAAGUCAACGUCAUCCCAUCACUCACGGCUCCCGCACCACAAGGCAAAAUAGAAUCAUUAAUUUGAAGCACUUACACUUAUUAUUUGCCAAUUUCACUAAAUAUUCAGUAAUCACAAACCUCUAAACUACCGGCCACGGGAUAAUUUUAAUCGAUUAAAGUUUUAAUUGAACCAAUUAGUGCCGAUUUAUUCUCUUCACUAACAAAAAUCGAAUUUAAAUUAUGUGCCUUGCUAGCUGUACUGGACAUGAUCGCUUAUAUGUCUCAACCUUGCUCUUCUCCUACUACUUUGGGACGAACAUGCAAAUAUAGCCAGUCUUCAACUCGUUGCAAGUGUAUGGGUGAGCCUUGGCGAAUUUCAUUGAUGGCAGAUUUGCAUUAUUUGUUUCCGUUUGAAAUAUCCUAAUAUCUUGAAAAAAGCAAGGAAAAAGUUACUCACAUUACAAAUUUUAAAUUACAAACAUAUGUAUAUAUUCAAAACAUGGUCAAAUGUUCGGAAAAAUGUGUUUCGAGUUCAAAUAAAUUAAAAAAAAAAUCAAUGAAAUAAUUAAUUACCGGGAAACUGGCCACACUGCUAGUCUUGAUUCAGUCGUUCAAAAGUGUAAACAAAACACAUCGCGAAAAGUAUUGCAGUUGUGAUACGGUGAAAUGGGACGUCCAAAUAAAAAACGUUCAGCUGCCCGGCAGCGAGAAGUGGGAAAAAAACUAAAACGGGAGCUUACUGACCCACUGGCCUGGACAUUCGAAGAUCCAUGGAGAACCAACGAGGAAAUACCAGGACCGACAGCAAUUGGAUCAAGCAUGCAAGACAUUCGACAGCCAGAAACACCGAUCUGUGUGGAGGAAGAUCUGCCACCGUUUCCUCUGGAGCAUUCGCCGUUGCCGGAUUUGCCAGAGUUGCCGGAAUUCGAUGGACGAUGGGGAUCUGCUGGAACAUCGCCAAUUGACAUAAAAGACGUUCGACAGCCAGAGGCACCGAUCUGUGUGGAGGAAGAUCUGCCACCGGUUCCUCUGGAGCAUUCGCCGUUGCCGGAUUUGCCAGAGUUGCCGGAAUUCGAUGGACGAUGGGGAUCUGAUGGAGCAUCGCCAAUACGGAAAGAGGAACAACAAGCGUCAUUAGUAUCCCGUUAUGUACCAUAUACACCGUCAGAGGAUUACCUACCAUAUUCGAUGGACACGACAUCAGGAAAUAGCGCCAACAGCCAGAAAGCCACAUCGUCUUUCCUUGUGGACACCAUGCCGUUACCACAAGCACCCAUAACAUCCGAAAUUGCUCAAGCAGCGGGUAGCUCAACGUGCAUGCUGAGUCUUACGGAUGAUCAAUGUGUUGGAGCGAAUAAACCUACCGAUCGGACUAUCAAGCUGGCUCGCUCGAGCACGUUGAUAUUUGAAAUUCCUGGUCUACCCCCAGGGAAAAUGUGCAACACAGAUCAAGACUGCUACUGCGCUGCAUGUAUGAAAUGGGAUACCGUGACCAGCAGUGAAAAUGUCAACCCGAACUUCAAACGGAUACAAGUUGAAGAGUCAAGUGAGGCAGCGGCAAUGAAGAAGAUUUACGGUACACUUCGGGGUAUCAAACCCACAUGCCGUUUCAAAAUCAAAUUGAAGCACACAAUUCGUCCUGGAAUAAAGGGGCUUCGAAAUGCAUCGAAACGUAUUUCAGUAAAAAGGUAUUUAUUAUGAAACGCUAUUGAAAGUACACAAGUGGAGGAUAUUCAAAGAUGGAUCAAAAUUCAUAAUUAACGGUAGGUUAUGUACUCAUAGAACCCUACUGUACUAAAUGUAUCAAACAUUAUAUUUAUGUUACAUUCCGAAGUUUUUUUUUUUUUUAUAUCUGAUCCAAUAUCGGCACCGGCCACGUCCUAAUGAACAUUGCGUAAGGAGCCGGUCAUUCAUUUGAAUGUCACGAAUACUUCCUAUCGAAGAUAAUGAUAAAAUGCUGCAAUAUAUGCAGUCAUAGGAUAUUUUCAAAUUUGGUGAGGGUGUUUCUUUUGAGUACCGUAAACUGGGGUGUAGUUGAUCAGUAGGGUGAACCUGAUCACUCAAUUACCCGCGGAUAUACUUUCAAGGAAGCAACAAUUCUAUUUCUACCUUUCGCAAUCCAAUGCCAUAAAAUUAAAAUGGAACGGUAACUUCCUUGAAAGUCGAUAUUCGUGCGUAAUUAAGUGAUCAGGUUCACCUCACUGAUCAACUACACCACAGUUUACGGUCCCUGUGCUGUAUUUCAAGCCGAUAAUGUAAAUUAAACUAGUUUACAAAAUAAAAUGAGGAGCCCAGAUGCAAAGGGGUGUAAGUGACCUAUUUGACGAUUUUGAGCUAAGCAUAUCAAAAACAUUUUCAGAUUUCAAGCUUUCAGAAACAAUGUGAAGAUUAUUUUUACGAUGUUUCAAAAAAAUAAAAUGCAUAAGUCUGAAAAAAUUGGGUUGAUUUUGAAAUUUCAUAUAUUUUGUAUCGGAUGAAAAUUUGGUGAAAAACUUUAAGCCUGUUUUACUUAAAGGGGGGUUUUGUCACUUACACCCUUUUGCUUCAAACCCCCUCAAAUGAAAAAUUAAAUGGUUUUAGAAUAUACAGUAAAACCUCCAUGAGUCGAUAUGGAAGGGACCAUCGUCUCAAGGAAAUAUCGAGUAGCGGAACAAAAAUCCUUUGGGAAGCUUUUUGGGGGACCAUCAUAGUAACCCAGAAAUUAUUUUUCAGUAUGGAAAAAUUAACCUACAUGAGUCGAUAUCGAGUCAAGGAACAUCGACUCAUGGAGGUUCGACUGUAAUAUUUCUUGAUCAUUUCAUUACAUUUUUCAGUUUUUGGCUAGUUUGUUUAAAUCACAUAUCAGUUCUAAGUGUAUGUAAUUUUCAGUAUAUACUGAUAUAAUAAUUUCCAAAUUCUAUUAUUUUUUUUUAUUUAUUUCACAAAUACAUGCUAAGUAAGGUUUUUUACUUUAACUUUCAAUAUUUACUUAUCGGAAUUAAUUCGAUUUUAAUAUACUUCGUUAUUUUAGUCCUUAUGAUUACUAUAGUUUAUAUUUUUUGUAUGAAGUAUGCAUGAAAAUAUGCUUCUAACAAAUCAUCUCAAUUAAAGAUUUAAACUCUUACAUCGUGUAUUAGUGCUUCAAAUACAACGGAGAAGUAAAAUAAAAAUCCAUCUCCACCACUAAGUGUGCUAUCCUUUAUGUAUAUACUUUGUUAUUCACAUUACUUCCUCAUAAUCAGAGCUCGAGCCAUUGAUGCAGAUGCGUAUUCAAAGGUGAAAAUACCACACGAAAAAAGCAUCCAUGGUCGCCGGGUUGUCGAGUAUGACUAUUUCAUCAAAUGGAUUACACUGGCUCAGGCAACGCAUUCUCAGCUGUGUGUGGGCGUCUUAUGCCCAUAUCAAGAAAAUUUCCGCGCUAUGGUGUCCAAAAUAUUUUUAAAAUGUAACGUUUGUGGAGAAAUAGUAAAAGGAUCGUCCGAGCAACCAAGGUCGAAGCUUCGGCUACGGCGAAGCACUGUCUGGGGUAUCAUGUGCAGUGGAAGUACAUAUACUCAAACACAUGAGUUAUUUUCCUUUUUAAACAUGCCGUUCAUGUCACGGAAUGCAUUCUUAAAAGAUGAGGUUGCAAUGGACAGUGUACUUGAAGAAGCUCUGGAAGAUUCACUUAAUCAAGCAGUCGAAGGGGAAAAAGCAGCUGUUUUAGAGGAAAUGGAGAAACAAGGACGUACAAUCCAGACCGAGCCGUAUGUAGAGUCUUGUGCCGCAGUAGAUGGUUCGUGGGGACAACGAAGCAACGGCCAUCGGUACAAUUCGGCUUCCGGUUGUGCUGCAAUAAUUGCAACAAGAACGAAAAAGGUGUGCUACGUUGGCUGUAAGAAUAAGCGAUGUGUUGCCUGUAAUUUGAAUUCAACGCGAAUCAAGAACAAGCAGCCCGUACGCAAACACAAAUGCUACAGGAACUACAAAGGAGCAUCAGGUGGCAUGGAACCAGCGAUAAUCAUUGAAGGUUUCAAGGCUCUCAAAAAGAAAGGAAUAAAGUUUACCACCGUUGUCACCGAUGGCGAUUCAACAACUGUUGCUCGCCUGAAAAAUAGUUGUGAUUAUGGGCCGGAAAUUCGACAUCAGUUAUGCUGUAACCACGUUAUGAAGAGUAUGGGCAAAAAGUUACGAGAGAUCAAAUGCCCAAAGCAAUAUGCCACUGCCGUAAAUAAAUGUAUUGAAAGGACAACAAGAGGAAUCCGAGCAGCAAUCAAAUAUUGCGCCGAGAACACAUGCGGAAAGGACGUUGAAGGAUUGAGAUACGAUAUUCGUAAUGCUCCUUAUCAUGCAUUCGGGGAUCAUAAAGGCUGUCGUGAAUACUUUUGCACGAUUAAAGAAGGGGACCCUGAUAAUGACAACAAUUUGAUUGCGGAGCUGGAAAAAGCAGGAAUAUGGAGCAAGAUUUUAGUUAUCGUUGAAAAGACUGCUGCAAAGGCCGAAUUUGUGAACGAAAACAAGACAAGCAACUUGGUUGAAAACUUGUAUUGCAGACUUAGCAAAUAUAACGUAGGGAAACGAGUCGACACUAUGAGUCGUGGCUCGUACCAGCGACGAGUAUUUAUAACUGUACUACAGCACAAUGAUGGGUUCUCGUGGCAAGACAAAUACAUGCAUUUGUUCACUGGUGAUGACCCAGGGCACUUCAUGAAAAAAAUGAUCGAAGAAAAGCAUAACUGUCUGAACCGAACCAAAAAAGCUGCGAAUAAACCUGGGUUUUCCCGCCGAAAAGCACAAUGCAUCGAAGAAGAACAUGAUUACGGUGAAGACGCAGUAAAUGCAAUUGAAGACCCCGUAAACCAGGCGUAUGAUUAUUCUACGAUUGAAUCAAAAUAUGAGGUAAAUUAUUAGUAUU